AUGCCCAUCAGCCAGGCAGACGCCGCAAUGUCGAACGGUCAGGAAGGUCAUGCACACGCGCCUGUGGCGUCGUUAAAGAAGGGGAAGCAGAAAAAGGCGGUUGACUCAAAUGAGUCUGCGAAGCUGCUUGCGCAACGCAUCUCACAGUUAGAGCAAGAGUCUGCUGGGGAGAAGGACCAAGAAGCAGAGAUUGAACGUGAGGUCAAACGGGCAAAUCGUGACCUGGCCCAACAAGUGGCAAAGAUGAGCGACUUGCAAAAGAUCGAACACCUGACCCGCAGGUCCAGCGAACUGUUGGCCGACAUGCGGCGCGUUGAGCGGGAGAAUCAGAAGAACAAGAAACGCGGUGAUACCCUGCAAAAGGAAAAGGAUGCAAACCGUACAGAACUUAGCAAGACAGUUGGUCUGAAGGAAAAGCUUGAGAAGUUAUGCCGGGAAUUACAACGGGACAACAACAAGUAUAAGAACGAGAACAAGACUCUUCAAGACAAUCUGAAGCACAACAGUGCGGCCUAUGAUGAGAAACAUGCGGCCCUGCUGUCUAAGCUCGAAGGGAUUCAGGAAGAGAAAGAUCAUCCGCGAAAGCAGGUAGUCGAUAUGAGCGUUGAUACUCUUUUCCGAAACCGCUUCAAGUCGUUCAUUGAACAGUAUGAACUGCGUGAGCUACACUUUCAUUCUUUAAUGCGUACGAAAGAGUUGGAAGUUCAGUACAACAUGGCACGCUAUGAACGAGAGAAGAAGCUGGCCGAGGCCGAGGCAACCAGGGCGCGAAAUCUUCAGACCCAGGUCCAGACAUUCACUAAGACCGAAACUGAGCUGAGGAACCAACUCAACGUCUACGUUGACAAGUUCAAGCAGGUUGAGGACACGCUUAAUAACAGUAAUGACCUCUUUUUGACGUUUCGGAAAGAAAUGGAGGACAUGUCGAAGAAGACGAAGCGUCUAGAGAAGGAGAACGAGACGAUGAAGCGCAAGCACGAGGCUACUAACGCCAACAUCAUCCGCAUGGCUGAGGAGCGCGAGGAUUGGCGGAAGAAGGCCGCUGAAGCGACCAAAAGGGCCGAGAAACUGAGGAGCAUCAUCGAACAGAUGCAGCAACAGGGUCGCAAGGUUCCACCGGGGAUGGCGGCAACUCUGGAAAGUUGCUAUUCCGAUAGCAACGGCCAUAUGGAUGGCGAUGGGAGCGAUUACUCCGAUGAGGAGGAGGGCGAGGAGGACCCGAGCGAAUUCGACGACGAUACGGAGGAAGAGCCUCAACCUGCGGAGCCAGAGCCGCCUCGUCCUUACGGACCAGAGCGGCCGCCAGCGCCUCAAGCUACGACGAACGGUCAUUAG